ACACUUCUUCAACAAAAAGACAAAGUUAUUUCCUCUAUAUAAGCACAAGAGAUCUGUAUACAAUCCCUCAAGUAUUCUUCAUUUGUUUCCUUAUAUUUUGUAUCAUAGCUUUGUAAUACAUUAACUAUGUCUGUACCGAUAAAAAGCACCGUUCUGUUGAUCUUGGUGUUUGCUUCUGUGUCAUAUGCGGCAGAUGUUUCAAUCAUCAAGUACAAGAAUAAUAAUAAGAAUACCAACAGCCUUGUGAUUCGGAAGCCGAAAUGGAGGACUGAUGAGGAGGUGAUGGAUAUGUUCGACUGGUGGCUGAAAAAGCAUUGUAAAUCAUAUAAUAGUAAUGGUCUAGAAAUUGAGAAAGAAAAGAGGUUUGAGAUAUUUAAAGAUAAUUUGAAGUUUAUUGAUGAACAUAAUUUGGGGAAUCAUAGUUAUAGGGUGGGUUUGAACCAGUUUGCUGAUUUGAGCAAUGAGGAGUACAGGUCUAUGUACUUGGGUACCAGGACGGAUGCUAAGCGAAGGUUUGUCAAGUCACAGAAUGGCGUUUUCAGUCAGCGGUAUGCUGCCAGGAAUGGUGAUGAAGGCAUUUUGCCAGAAUCUGUGGAUUGGAGGAAGAGAGGUGCUGUUACUCCUAUCAAAAAUCAAGGAAGCUGCGGGAGUUGCUGGGCAUUUUCGACAGUGGCAGCAGUAGAAGGUAUUAACAAAAUAGUAACUGGGGAGCUUAUUUCAUUAUCCGAGCAAGAACUGGUGGAUUGUGACAAGUCUUAUAACCUUGGGUGCAAUGGAGGUCUGAUGGAUUAUGCUUUCGAAUUCAUCAUUGCUAACGGUGGCAUGGACACAGAAGCACACUACCCUUACCGCGGGGUGGACUCUAAGUGUGAUCCAGCUCGGAAGAAUUCAAAGGUUGUAAGUAUAGAUGGAUACGAGGAUCUUCCACCCAAUAACGAGAAAGCAUUGAAAAGGGCUGUAGCACAUCAACCUGUCAGCGUUGCUAUUGAAGCCUCCAGCAGGGCGCUGCAGCUCUAUUCCUCUGGCAUAUUUACUGGAACCUGUGGUACUGCAUUAGACCACGGUGUGGUGGUUGUUGGUUAUGGCAAAGAAGAUGGAUUGGACUACUGGAUCUUGAGGAACUCAUGGGGCAAGAAUUGGGGUGAAAAUGGAUACUUUAAAAUAGAACGUAAUACUGCUCAUACAUUGGAAGGCAAGUGUGGGAUCGCGAUGCAGCCUUCUUACCCUACCAAGACGCUGCGAAACCAAACUACAUCUGACAGGGCUGAAGCAAGAGCAGGACAAUUGAUCAGCAGCACCUAGAUGGUUAAAAUCAAUAAACGUUCUCUAUAUGUUUUAUCGUGUGUAGAUUUGUGACUAUUGUUUGAUGAACAUGUUUGCUUUCUAUAGUCAUCGGGAUAAUCAUUUGUUGUACAUUAUUUCCCCGUUACAGUUUGGUAAUGUUAUACCAACAGAAAUUAUCUUUUUAAUCA